UAUAUAUUUACCUGUAUCCGUGAAGCACGAGUAUCUAUGUAUAAGGAGAGAACAUAUAAUGAAACUGUCAGCCAUACCCUCAAAUUAUACCAGCGAAAGAUAGACUAGUUAAGAACAGAAGGCUAUUUAAUAUGUUUUUGAGACCGACCCUCAAGCUUUCCGCCGCCAUUUUAUUUUACCGCUGUCUCAGAACGUGGGUACCACAGGCUCAGUUUUUCCACUGUCCAUUCCUUUGGUAUCACGGGCUCUCUAAUGACAAAGCAAAGAUGGCGGACGUGUCGGCAGAGAAUAUAAAAUUGUUAGUGUUUGAUCUUGCGGGUACUACUGUGGAUGACUCCGUCGAAGGAGUACCACUCGUUGCAGUUGCUAUGAAGGAGACGUUUGAAAAGCAUGGUUAUGACAUCGAUGCGGAAAUCGUCAAUAAAUAUCGCGGGAUGGAGAAGAGAGAAGCAAUUCAAUGUAUUUUGAACGAUUUGCACAAGCAAAGCAACACGACUCCAAACAACGAUGUCGAAGUUAUAUUCAAAGAUUUUAAAUAUUUCCUGAACAAGCAUUUAUCAUCGAUUAGAAACGAAAUUCCGGGGACGACCGACGUUUUUCGCAAGCUGAAAUCAGCUGGAAUGAAAAUUGCUGUUGGCAGUGGCUUCCCUCAUAGUGUUGUCGAAGCUAUCGUAUCCACCUUGAAUUGGACGGAGCUGGUNGUAAUCCGGAUUUUAUAA